AUGGUACAACGGACAAAAGUACUAGACACGGAAGGACCAACUCCCAAGUUUCUCUACUCUAUGAUCAAACAACUUGAUCUUAAGCUCAUUGACUGGAACAAAGUUGCACAGGAUCUCGAAAUUUCCAAUGGCCACGCUGCUAGAAUGCGUUACUCUAGAUUUCGCUCACAGAUGGAGGGCCCGAAUACGACCCAGCGAGCUGCCAGAAAGAGAGGCCAAAAGAAAGCAGCGAAGGGAGAUACCAAGGGCAAUUCGCAAAUACCAUUCGCCCAGGGUUACCCCGGACUAGUCCCAAAACUGGAAUCACCGGACUACGUACCUCAGUCAAGCCCAUUCGUGAAGCACGAGCAUGACAGCCAGAGGCUUCAGAAUAUCCAAAGCAUUUCCGACGUGUCAGAUCUUUUUCCAUUCUCCCAAAUGAUGGCAUCUUCCGGUAUAAAAUACCCGUAUGUGCCUUCGUAUAUGCACCAUACAAUUCCUAUUAAUGUGGGAAAUGGAGUAAUGUCACCGGGACAUGGAACGCUUGGCUCGAGUAUUGGAUCCUUUGGCACUCCUGCAUACUCACAAUUUCCUCCCUCACAGGAAUUCAGCAUCCAUAAUGGAUCUAUGCCUCAGUUUACUUCUGACGACACUACUGCAAUUAAUUGGGAGCCCUAUACACCCUCGGAUGAACAGAAUCAUUCUGAGGUACCACGGAUAAAAGUUGAGCAGGAGGCUGAUAUCAUCGAUCUUGAUAAUGAUGUCUUGUCAGAUAAUACAAUCAAGCAGCAAGUCUGCGCCGGAGACAGAAAAGCUUCUGGCGAAGAAUGA